AUCUGUGAUCUCUAUUGUGAUAUUAGCAAAGGCAAGUACGGUGUAUUUUAGGUUAUUUCGUAAUUUAAUUUUUUUAUAAAUAACGAUGGCAGUAAGAACGCAGUACGAAAAUUCCAAUGAAAUAGGAGUUUUUACUCGACUCACCAAUAGUUAUGCUCUGGUAGGCGUAGGAGCCUCAGAAAACUACUUCAGUGUAUUGGAGGCCGAAUUAUCGGAGACAAUUCCGGUUAUUCAUGCAUCUAUCGCUGGAUGUAGAAUAGUUGGUAGACUUUGUGUGGGAAAUAAAAACGGCCUUCUGGUUCCCAAUAACACAUUAGAUGAUGAACUACAGCAUUUGAGAAAUGCACUUCCAGAAUCCAUAAAGGUUCAGCGAGUGGAAGAAAGACUUUCUGCUUUAGGCAAUGUGAUUGCCUGCAAUGAUUAUGUUGCACUGGUUCACCCAGACUUGGAUAGAGAGACAGAAGAAAUAAUAGCAGAUACACUCAAAGUUGAAGUGUUUAGAAAUACUGUUGCAAAAAAUGUAUUGGUUGGUACUUAUUCAGUAUUGAGUAAUCAGGGAGGUUUAGUGCAUCCGGGUUCCACAACAAUUGAGAUUGAUGAACUCUCAUCAUUGUUACAACUUCCUUUAGUGGCUGGAACUGUUAACCGAGGAAGUAACUUGAUUGGUGCUGGUUUGGUGGUAAAUGAUUGGUGUGCCUUUGCUGGUUUAGAGACAUCAGCAACAGAACUUACAAUAGUGGAAUCAAUAUUUAAACUAGUGGAUUCAAAACAAAUGUCGAGUACUUAUAUGAGGGAUACUCUGAUUGAAAGCAUGUCAUGAUGAAAUAAUUUUUUUAUGACUGAAGAAGAAGAGUAUUUAUAUAUAUAACAAUAAAAUCCAAAUUUGUUA